AGGUCAUCGAAGGCGGCAGAAUGCUGGAGAACAUUUCCGAGAUAGGAGGAGACGCGUUUGACGAGACUCCUCCGGUUUCCCAAUCCGUGAUUUCUCGUCAAAAUCCAUGCGGAAAUGCUGCUCUUGGUGAGGCUGACGGGAUGGAGCGACGGAGUGAUGGAGCGGACCUGUUCCGCGUGGUGAUCGUUGGUGCGGGCCCAGCAGGUCUAGUUCUAGCGAAUCACCUGCUGACACGUGGCGGCGGUAGGUUCCACGUAAGUGUGGUGGAGAAGAGCGAGGACCCGCGAAAGAAGGUGGAAGAGGCGGUGGAGGUCGCGAGGAGAUAUUCCAUCGGACUCAACAUCCGAGCGUUUCGAUGCCUUGAUGCCGUCCCUGGGCUGCUGAAGAAGGUGCUGGCCUGCAUGGUUCUCGUGCGCCAGCUGUGCAUUGCCAUCACUGCCAAGCCGUCAGUCAUCCCUUUCAGUCACAAGCCCCUUCCAUCAAGCAUUUCUCCGUCCUUCCGUCCUCCCGCCUCCACCCUGCAGGACCCGCCAGUGCUGCUGGCUGACCGCACGGCCCUCUGCUGUGCGCUGCUGCACGCGCUGGUGGGGGAGGAUGCGCACGCAGGGGUCCCAGUUGGGGGCAACGGGGAGCAUGAGGGGGAGGGGAAUGGGGAACGGCCAGUGAGGGAUAACGGGGAGAGUAAAGAGGAGAUGUGUGCAAGGGGAGGAAGGGAGAGUGUGGCAGGCAAGGCCGGCUCAGGGGAUAGUGCGGUGACGCAUGGCGCCGGGUCAUCACGGGGAAAACUGGACUUGUUCUUCAACAUGCGGUGCACAGGCAUUGACAUCAAUGCACACACUGUGACCCUGCAGCCCGCCCCGGGCGGGGAUGCGGCGCACCGCACCCGCUUGCAGCCUGCUGACUCGGUAGAGCGGCGAGCCGUGGUGAGAGGGGCUGUGGCUGUGGCAGGUGCAUCAGCAGCAGGCGUGGCGAGCAGCGAGACUCGAGGUCCAGCUGGUGUGGAUGCCCAGCGCUUGCAGCAGCACCCGCCAGCCCAGCUCAGCUAUGACCUCCUGGUGGGGGCGGAUGGGGUGCGCUCUGUGGUGCGGAGCGCGCUGGUGAGCAGCGCGGGGGGGUUCGCCAUGGAGGCACUGCCGCUCUUUGGGGAGUGGGCCGUCGCCUCCAUCCCUGCCCCCACCUCCCUUCCCCCCAACUCCAUGAUUCUUGUUCCACGGCAUAGCACCAGCCAUUCGCACAGACGGCACCCUGUGGUGUGUUGUGCUGCCUGCAUCCCUGUGGUGUGUUGUGCUGCCUGCAUCCCUGUGGUGUGUUGUGCUGCCUGCAUCCCUGUGGUGUGUUGUGCUGCCUGCAUCCCUGUGGUGUGUUGUGCUGCCUGCAUCCCUGUGGUGUGUUGUGCUGCCUGCAUCCCUGUGGUGUGUUGUGCUGCCUGCAUCCCUGUGGUGUGUUGUGCUGCCUGCAUCCCUGUGGUGUGUUGUGCUGCCUGCAUCCCUGUGGUGUGUUGUGCUGCCUGCAUCCCUGUGGUGUGUUGUGCUGCCUGCAUCCCUGUGGUGUGUUGUGCUGCCUGCAUCCCUGUGGUGCGUUGUGCUGCCUGCAUCCCUGUGGUGUGUUGUGCUGCCUGCAUCCCUGUGGUGUGUUGUGCUGCCUGCAUCCCUGUGGUGUGUUGUGCUGCCUGCAUCCCUGUGGUGUGUUGUGCUGCCUGCAUCCCCCGUCCCACACCCUUCGCAACGCAAGAGGAGGGUGUGGGAUAUCGGUGGUGGGGCUCCCUACUCAACCCCCGCCUCCCUCCGAUCCUCCCCACCCCACUGAUACAGGUUCCCCGCACUCCUGGCAUAUCGGUGGUGGGGCUCCCAGCACAGGGCGGCAAACUUUGUCUGUUGUGGGCGUGGUCGGCCUUGGCACGGCCUGCUGAGUGGUUGGCGCUGAGAAGCAAUGAUGAGGACAGGGAGGACCAUGCGGUGGGGAGGACGGACGCAAGGAAGGUGGGGGAAAGCGUGGGUAGCAAGCAGGGUGUGACUGGUGCAAUGGAGAAUGCAGCGGGUGAAGGGAGUGUGGCUGAGGGGAGUGUGGCUGGAGGGAGUGUGGCUGAAGGGAGUGUGGCUGAAGGGAGUGUGGGUGGAGGCGGUGGAAAUGCAGACAGGGUGGUUGAAGCAGAUGGGGAGGGGGAGGAAGGGAGGGAGAGGGGAGACGAUAAGGGGGGGCAGGUGAAGCAGGAGGGCAGGAGAAGCAGAGCGAGGGCAUACAUUGAAGAGAGAGUGCCAUGGCUGGGAAUGACAGAGGACGGGGCGGAGACACUGUUGAACCAGCAGCCACGCACAAGCAUGCGGAUCAAGUGCUGGCAGUAUCACGACUCUGCCGCCCAGAUCGCUCUAAUCGGCGACUCAGCACAUGCCACGUGUCCAUCCCUGGGCCAGGGCUGCAACGCCGCCAUCACCGAUGCUACAGUGCUUGCCCGGCUGCUUCUGGGGGAGGUGGUAUGUAGGGAUACCCUGAUUCCUCCAUACACUAAGGAGACCACCUGGAAGCUGCUUCAGAGCGUUUGGGGCACAGAAGGAAAUGAAGGGGUGGAUUCAGAGCAAGAGGUGCAGUGCGGCACUAAGGGGUCUUGUGCUCUGAGCAGGUUGGCUUGGUCCUUCACUCGUUUCGUCCAGAAGUUAUCAAGGCUGACAGGGUUGGGGGGCAGAGUGGCACCAGAGAGAAGAGCGGGCGCGGGGGCAGAGGAGGGGAGGACGGAGGCAGGCAGAGCAAUGUGUGCAGCAUCACCGCAGCACUUGCGCACACACCUUGCGGUGAUGCUUGCUCGCUACUCUGCUCUUCAGGUGCCAGAAGGCCAUGCCCUGGUUGACCUCUCAGAUGCCGGUGCUCCCAUCAGCAACCUCUACUCUUUGCCGCCUGCACUCAUCCGCGCGUCUGCGCUGCUUGCUCCGGCCGGACCAGCGCACGCGGGCCAUCCGCCUCUUCCCCCAUCUUCCCGUGAACCGUGCGACAUUCUUCCCCAAAUCAUAUCCGCGGCAUGGCGUCCGAUAAAAAAGGCAGCACAGGUUGUGGGCAAGCUGGGCAACCCCACCCUCCUGACGCACGCAGGAGCGGAGGCGCUGUGGCGGGAGCACUUUUGGGCACCACCGGACGAGAAGCUGCUGUUCUACUUCUACUGCAACCUGCUCACCAGCGUGGGGCCCGUUCCUGGCACACUAGUCGUCACCACUGCGUCCAUUGGCUUCCUCUCGGACGCCGAGUUUGAGUACAAUCCGCUGGGGCGCCCCACAGAGAUUGCCAGGAGCCACUUUGUGGCCACCAUUCCGUUGCACAAGAUAACAGGAGUGGCACCUGAAGCCAACCCAUCUGAUGACAAUGAGAAGUACAUUCGGCUCACUACAGAAGACGACUUCUCAUUCUGGUUCACUGGCUUCAUCGCAUAUGAUCAAGCCUUUGCUACUGUCCUUUCCGCCGUGGUCAGUACUUCUCAUCUUCUUGAAGCUCUGUCAUAG